AAGCAGUCUUCACAUACAGGCCAGCCAGCAGACGGAGUCAGUCCUACGCAAGCAGGUGUCCUGUGGCCUGAUCCCACAAGAUGCCAAGAGAAGAGGCUUACUUCAUCAAUGGGUCCCCCAGGAAAGGGCAUGGCCACUCCCACAUCACAGCUGAAGAGGCUGCAGGGAUUGGCAUCCUGACCGUGAUCUUGGGAAUUUUACUGCUUAUCAGCUGCUGGUACUGUAGAAGACGAAGUGGAUACAGAAGCUUGAAGGACAAAAGCAUUCAUGCUGGUACUCAAAGUACCUUAACAAGAAGAUGUCCAGGUGAGGGACUUGGUCACCAGGACAGCAAACUGCCUUCUCAAGAGAACAAUUGUGAACCCGUGGUGCCCAAUGCUCCACCUGCUUAUGAGAAACUCUCUACAGAACAGUCACCACCACCUUAUUCUCCAUGAGAGCCAGCAAGGCCCCUGAGAGGUGCUGAAAUGAUUUCCCUCACACUUUUGCUUGAUCUUGAUAUGGACAUCUUAGGUUCUGCUUUAGAAUUCUGUAGAAAUUCUUUAGUGUCCCUCAUCUCUAAUAAGCUAAGUGUUAAAUUCUUCGUUGUGUGACUAGCAACACUGAUUGAGGAAAUGAUGAGAAAUUUUAAAAUGGGAAAAGCUUUGUCAAUAAACAU